AUGGUUAGUCUUAAUGAAAAAAAAUCUAAAAUUCGAUAUGUUAUACAAAACAAAACUGAAUGGGUUGAUGAUGGAAAUAAAUUUGGUAAGAGAAUGCUUGAAAAAAUGGGUUGGAAAACAGGUGUUGGAUUAGGAAAAAAUGAAGAUGGAAGAACAGAACAUAUUGAUUUAAAAUAUAAAUCAAAUUUAAAAGGAGUUGGUUUUGUUAAUGGUCAAUAUGAUUCAACAUGGAUUUCUCAUUCACAUUCAUUUGAUUCACUUCUUCAACAACUUAAACAAUCUCAUCCAUCAUCUUCUUCAUCUUUAAUUCACGAUUUUAAUCAAACUCUUCAACAAACUAAAACAAGAUUUACUUAUAAAAAACAAUCAAGUGGAAAAGAUUUAAGUUCAAGAUCAAAUAAUGAACUUGAUUCUGUAUUUGGUUGGAAUAAAGAUAAGAAAAUAAAUUUUGAUCAAAUAAAACAAGAUGAACAUGAAGAUGAAGAAAAGAAAAGUGAAAUAAUAUCAGAUAAUAUUUAUAAAACAAGUAAACAAUCAAUUCAAGAUUAUUUUAAAGAAAAAUCAAAAAAAAAGGCUAAAAUUAUAUCUGAACAAUAUCAAUCUUCAGAUAAUUGUACACCAUAUGUUCGCGUUAAUCCUGAAAGAAUAAAAGGAAUUGUUCUAACUAACAAAUUUGAUUCAUCCCCAGGUUUUAAAAAACCUGAUGAUGCAAGUUUUAAAAUAGCAAGUCAUAUUCUUGAUUUUGUUCUUCAUGAAGUUGAAUAUGGAAGAAUUCCAAAAAAAUUACUUCCAUUUCAAUCGGGUGUUGGAAAUGUUGCUAAUGCUGUUUUGGCUUGUAUAGCUCAAGAUAAUCGGUUUAAAUUAAUUGAAAUGUAUACAGAAGUAAUACAAGAUUCAAUAUUUGAUUUACUUGAUAGUGAUAAACUUCGUUUUGCAUCAACAACAGCAUUAACUUUUUCAUCAGAAGGACAAAAAAGAUUUUUUAAUCAAUUAAUGGAUCUUAAAUCAAAAUUUAUUUUACGUCCUAUGGAAAUAUCAAAUAAUCCGGAAGUUAUACGUAGAAUUGGUCUUAUUACAAUGAAUACAGCAUUAGAAGCUGAUAUUUAUGGAAAUGUUAAUUCAACACAUGUUCUUGGAUCUGCAAUGAUGAAUGGAGUUGGUGGAAGUGGAGAUUUUACUAGAAAUGCUUAUGUAUCAAUGUUUAUGGCUCCAUCAAUUGCUAAAGGUGGAAAAAUCUCAGCAUUUGUUCCAAUGGUAUCACAUGUUGAUCAUAAUGAACAUUCCGUUCAAAUAAUGGUUAGUGAACAAGGUUUAGCUGAUUUACGUGCUAAAACUCCAAAACAACGAGCUAAAUUAAUAAUUGAUAAAUGUGCUCAUCCAAUGUAUAAAGAUCUCUUAAAAGAAUAUUUUCAACAUGCAGAACGUGUUACAUUUGGUCACCAUACACCACAUGAUCUCAAGCAAGCUCUUUCAUGGCAUAUUAGAUUACAAGAAACUGGUUCAAUGCAUCCCGAUCAUCAAACAACAAGUAAAGAUACUGAACAAGCAGCACGUAAAAUCGAUCAAACAGCGGCAACGAAAAAAUAA